UUGCGCAACACAGGCAAAUGGCAGCUUGGAAUUCCCCAAAAGAGAGCAAUGUCGCAAAAUCCGUGGGGAAAACCCACUGAGAUCAUGUUCUGACUUAUAGUGAAAAAGCAGUCCUUUAAGGUGUGUCGAUCAGUCGGAGAAGGUCUAAUUCUGUAAAACUGAAGACUCCAGCAAUAUAGCAACAAAAAUAUCAUCACCACAUCGACAAUGGAGAGCCACGUGGAUUUGAAAUCGAUGUAUGCUGAUCUUGUGGAGAACCUGAAUUGUGCGAUAUGUCAGGACGUACUGAAAGAGGCUAGGGAUCUAUCAUGUGGCCAUACCUACUGCCUGAAAUGUCUUCAAGAGCUGGUAGCCAUGAAGGGUUGGACGUCUGACAUCAAAUGCUGUCUCUGCCAGAAGAUGACCAGUAUCCCCUCUUCGGGCUUGAACGGUCUGAAGCAAAACUACAAGCUCAACUGCAUCCUCGAUGAGCAAGCAGCUAUCAUGAAGAAAAUGGAAGCUUCGUUGCCCGAACCGGCCUCUGCCACACCAAGACAGCAAAAGGGAACCACUGAGGCAACGAAAACAGUGCAGAUCUGGGUGCGUGACCUCGAAGGCAAGUCACAAUCCAUCCACGUUCGCUUGUCAGACACGGCAGACGCCCUCAAGCGACAGGUCGACAAGAAGACUGGCAUCCCACCCAAUGUACAACGUCUGAUUUAUCAAGGCAAACAGAUGGAAGGCUCAACAACUCUUGAGGAGUAUAACAUAGGACAACACUCUACAAUCGAGCUCACAAUUCCCCUCAAAGGAGGGAACAUGACCCAAUAAAUUGCAAUGUCUUAGAGAUGAGUUCCCGUCAUUUCGUGAAAUAAAUAGGUAUAUAAUUAUAUAACAUUUAAAAAAAACGAUUGCGUCAUGCAUUAUUGCCAAAUUAUGUAAUUGUUGUAGUCCGAACUUUCCAAACCCAGCUCGUAUCUUUGUCAAGAAGGUAUACAAAAAGUGAAUUAUUAUAAAUAUCAAUUUUGUUUUGUUAUAGUUUGUCAAUUCAUAAAUACCUAUGUUGUCAAAACUAUGAUUAUUGGCAAUACUUGGCAAUAAUGCAUCAUGAUUACAGUCUUUCUUUCUGGAACAAGCUGGCUCAAAUCUUUGUAACAAAUUCAUCCGAAUUUAGAAUUGUCCACAU